AUGGGGGAGGAGCUCAGGAAGCUUUGGGCUGCAUACUCUCACCUCAAGAGACUCCAAGGCGCUGAGAAUGUUAUUGACCCCCUCUACAGAUGCAUUUGCCAGAAAGGUUACUUGGGCGAAGUCCUAAUCUGCUUUGGAGACAGCAUGGAGAGACAUAGGGAAUUAAAUACUGAAACUAGAAGAAUGUGGCAAGGAAGGCUGACCUCUUUCAUCUCCAUCCUGGACAAAACUUAUGCCUGGCCACUGAGCAACCUGGGAACCUUCACUGUGCUGCUAUCCUCAGACAAGGGACUAAAAGUGGUUGAUGUGAGUAAAGGAGCUCUUGAUGAAAAAGAGGCUGCUUGGUGCCUCGUGAAGCUCCACAUCAUUGCUGGGCAAAUGCGCACUGAACAAAUAAAUAACCCUGAUACAUUCUAUACCUUGAUGGGGAAGUCAGGGAAAAACUUCAAUAGAGAUAAGGUCAGACAAUUAAAGUUCAACCUUUACGAAGGCAAAACAGUGAAAAUUAUCCAGAGGAACAGAGUUGCUUUAAAUGGGCUGGUACAUAUCCUGGAUAGUGCCAUGGACAAGAUAGAGCCCACACUUGAGAGCAACUCCCAGGUAAGAGAUUCAAAUAUUUCUGCCAACAAAGAAUGUAAAGCCUGUGUUCUUUGUUCUGAGGCAAAAACUGGUUUUGCCAAUGCCAUUUCUAGUGAAGAGUAA